GGGGGUCAUUCUUCUACUCACAGCAGAGCACGAUUGACAAGGUGCAUGUGUGAUGUCACUGCAAGAGGAAAUGAAAGCCCUUUCUCCUCAGUGCUCAUGCAGACUUGGAGUGCAGACAUGAGUCGUGCGCUUGUAUGUGUGCUGAUGGCCGCUUGGAGCCUCGGAAGCAACGGCCAGACGGUGCACCAGCCGACACGGGACGUGCAAACAGUGGAGGGUGAAACUGUGACGCUGGAAUGUAGGUAUGACAGUUUGGCGAGCAACGACUACAUCUUCUGGUACAAACAAGAAGCAAACGCAGCGCCCGAGUUCAUCCUGAGCCAAUUGAAGCUCGGUCAAGGCAAGACGGAGGAAAAGUACGCAAAGAGGUUUCACUGUAGAGUGAACGCCAGUACCUCACAAGCUCCUCUGCAUAUCGACAAUGUGAAGCCCAGCGACUCUGGAGUUUUCUACUGCGCCCUACAGCCCACGCUGACACAUCCACUGACGUGCCUGUACAAAAACACCUGCACCCGCCUUUUUUCACAAGUUACAGUAAAUGGGUCACAGUGUAGCAGAGCUACAAUUCAGCGUGAUGACAUACUAAAAACUCAGUGUGAGGAUGAUAUUUUUGUUGUGAACCAACAGGCCUUACAAUUUACUUUUAUAGAACCUUCUGACCUGAAGAAUGGGAGUUGUAUCAUCUGCUGCCGUGCCUCGUGUCAUCACAUGGACAAGGAGAAGGACAUCCAGUCAACAUCCAGUCAACAUAAAGUCAAUGGGACGGGAAACUUGAAAUUAGUUUUCGGAAGAGGAACCAGAGUGACUGUGGAGGCUCGGAAGGAAUUUAAGCCAUCCUUCUACAAAAUGGAGGCGCGCAAUCUGAGUGCAUGUCUUGCCACCGGCUUCAGCCAACACAAGGCCACAGCGAAGGCGGGAAAAGGAUACAUGUUCAAGGGGUCUCGUCCCGUGCGAAUAUCGGACGAUUCGCUUUAUAACCAGCUGGCGCUGCUAUCCCAUAACGACACGUGCGAGGAAGGUGACAGCGGACCAGGGCGGUGCCCGGAUGCGUUGGGUCCAGACAAAACAGUGAAUUUCCUCUCCAUUGCUGUCCUCGCCCUACGCCUCGUCUUCGCCAAGACACUCGCCAUCAACGGUGUCAUGACACUGCGCCUGUGCUUUGGCUCACUGGAGUCGCCAUGCCAUCGGCUUCCUCCUGUUUUGGAUAUUGCUUUUGAGUGGAACCUCCAACAAAGUUGUAUAGAGCUGCGUGCUUUUGUGUAUCUUCAAGUGCUAUGCCACCUAAAAAAAAUAAGGUCAGAGGCAGUGGGCGUUGCCAAUGAGGUUGGAGGUUUGUGUCACAGCGUGUGUUGCUGUGCGGAUGCUGCCGUGGGCUUCAAGGUUGUCUUCGGUGGCGGAACCAGAGUGAUUGUGGAAAGGAGGAAGGAAUUUAAGCCCUCCUUCUACAAAAUGGAGUCGCGCAAUCUGAGUGCCUGUCUUGCCACCGGCUUCAGCCGGCACAACGCCAUGGCAAAGGCGGGAAAAGGAUACAUGUUCGAGCAGUCUCGUCCCGUGCGAAUAUCGUACGAUUCGCUUUAUAACCAGGUAGCGCUGCUAUCCCACAACGACACAUGCGAGGAAGGUGACACCGGACCAGGGCGGUGCCAGGAUGCGUGGGGUCCCGACAAGACGGUGAACCUCCUCUCCCUCAUCGUCCUCGCCCUGCGCCUCGUCUUUGCCAAGAUGCUCGCCAUCAACGGUGUCAUGACGCUGCGCCUGUGCUUUAGCGCACCCAAGUAGCAAGUGUCAAAACGCUAACCAUCUUCUUAUCCUCAGAUGCCUUUGUUUGUAUGUAUUUGCUUGUGGUUGAACUUGAAUGCCUUAUCAUCUAAGUCAUAAAUCGAUAAAGGCGUUCAUGCGACAACAACUUCAUAUAAACGUCCUGUUUUUUAUAGCAAACUGGGACAAAGUAUGGAUAGA